GGGGCGGGCCGCAGCCGUCCCUUCCCUGGCGCGCGCGCCAUGACGAUCACCUACAGCUGUGUCGCUAACGGCCGCGCGGUCCUCGCCGAGCUGGCCCUGACCGGCGGCUCCUAUCAGGAAGCAGUGGCGACCAUGCUUAAACUAGUGCUUCUUAGAGCAGAGCCAAAGACCAUAAUGCAGAUGGGAAGCUUUGUCUACCAUACUCUCUUUAUUGAUGGAAUCACUUACCUAUGUGCUACAGACAAUGCCUUGGAUACCAUAACACCAUCUGCAUUUCUUAAAAACGUUAGUGAAACUUUUCUGAGAAAUCCUUUGAUGUCGCAAGAACAUUUUUCUCCUUCAAAUGCAGUUGCUGCAGAUUUUCAACAAGUAUUAGGAAAGUAUAUGAUGAAAUACAAUAAAAAUCAAGAUGAUACCCCGAUAUCUACACUGAGGAGUCAAGUAACUGAUGUAAAAAAUAUUAUGUCCCAAAAUAUUGAUGAAAUUUUGGAAAGCGAAAACAGAUUGAGUAUCUUCACUGAUAGAACCGAUGAUCUCCAGACAACUGCCAAAGAAUCCCAAAAAACAAGAAAGGCUCUUAGGAGGAUGUGGUGGAAACACUUCAGAAAGGUCAUAAUCAUCACUGUGGUCAUUCUCCUCUCCAUCAUCAUCAUUCUUCUAAGUAUGAAUGUGAUACCAACCUGACCCCUUUCCUCCCUGUGCCCAGCAAUUACCAAUAAAUGGUUACGUGUAAACAGAGGAGUCCACAACCAGCAAUUACGAAAGUAUCCUCUGGUGCAGGAAGACUGCAGGAAGCGGGGCUUGGAUGUCCUUCCUCGUGCCUCGGUGGGCCUCGUCCCUGCUGCAGUCCCAUUUGUUGUUCCCACUUCCAGCUAUUUCCCAGCCUCUCGUCCCUUCGUCAAGACGAGGAGCACAAACCGUGGAAUCACAUCACUGAAGCUUAACCCUCCACUCAGCCACAUACCAGCUGGGUGACUCUGGACCAGUUAUUUAACCUGUGCCCUUGUCUCCUCAUCUGUAAAAUGGAGCUGAUAGCAAUACCGCAUAGCAUU